AUGGAGUUCGUCUCUAUAUUUCCUACAAAUGUGGCGCUAGAAGAGAAUGAGACGACGGUGGAUUUCGAAGAUGGGGAACCAGACGCGGUGACGCUGCUCUCGAUACUGCUCGUCGGCAUAUUCCUAUCGCUCCUGAUUUUCCUGAGCGUCGCCGGCAACAUUUUGGUCUGCAUCGCGAUCUACACAGAUCGCGGGCUGCGGCGCAUUGGCAACUUGUUCCUCGCGUCUCUGGCGAUUGCCGACAUGUUAGUUGCCGCAGCCGUCAUGACUUUUGCUGGCGUCAACGAUUUGCUUGGGUACUGGGUGUUCGGCGAGCAGUUCUGCGACACGUGGGUAGCCUGUGACGUCAUGUGUUCCACCGCAUCCAUCCUAAAUCUGUGCGCCAUCUCUCUCGACAGAUACAUACAUAUCAAGGACCCUCUAAGAUACGGUCGCUGGGUCACCCGUCGGGUGGCCAUCAUCACGAUAGCCAUGAUCUGGAUACUGGCUGCCCUCGUCAGUUUCCUGCCCAUCUCGCUGGGGCUCCACCGGCCUGACGAGGAAGCCCUAGCCACUCAGAGACCGCCGCGGUACCCCACGUGCGCUCUAGUCUUGACUCCGACGUACGCGAUCGUGUCUAGCUGCAUAUCAUUCAUACUGCCUUGUAUCGUGAUGAUCAGCAUAUAUUGCAGAUUGUACUGUUACGCCCAGAAGCAUGUGAAAUCUAUCCGCGCCGUCACCCGGACGGUCCAAAUGCCGGACAACAGGACCAAGUCCGUCCGCACGAGGGUGCACACGCACGUGCACUCGUCCCCGUACCACGUGUCGGACCACAAGGCCGCCGUCACUGUCGGCAUCAUCAUGGGAGUGUUCCUCUUGUGCUGGGUGCCGUUCUUCUGCGUCAACAUCGUCGCUGCGUUCUGCAAGACUUGUAUACCAGACCUCGCCUUCAAAAUCCUGACCUGGCUCGGCUACUCCAACUCUGCCUUCAACCCGAUCAUCUACUCCAUCUUCAACACAGAAUUCCGGGAAGCCUUCAAGAAGAUCCUUACCUCCAGGUACCCCCCAUGCUGUGGCUACCAGACAGUCAGAGCCAACACACCUACAAGAAACGACAACUUCGUCACUGACUACGGAACGAAGACUUUAGUAGUCCGAAGAAGUGGCUCUUUAGGUCUUUCCGGAGUAGACCCUACUCCUAGGUCUUCAGCGGAGUCAGUCAGACCUCUCAGGGAUUAUCACAUCUGA